AUGGCACAGCCCGCCCAAUACCCAGGAGGCAAAGAACUUGUAACUUUCGGCGAAGUGACCGGUGACGCCCGAGCGGAGUACUUUGCCCGAUACACCAGUGCGUCCCUGGGAAAAGUCAAAAAUCUUUACAUGAGAUGGGCGCGCCUCGGUCAUGCCAUGAGCCCGCAAUGUCAACAACUCAAUCGGUUGUUUUCUCAAUGCGUCGAUGGAAACCACAUCCGGAUUCCUGACGACCUCAAGGAAUUCACGAAGUUAGAGGAUCCGUCUGAACCUAAACAUACCGUCGCUCCCUUCAUCUUGGAUGUUCUGCAUGAUGCUUGCACCCAGCUCAUUCUUCAGGCUGACAACACACGACCCAACGACUGCGAUGAAGUCGACGUGAUGGAGCUCUUCCUCGCACGAGACAAGAUGGCGAUGUCUGAAUUCGAAUUACUGCAUCUUCUACUGCGCUGGUGUAAGCAUAGCGGUGAAGACAUCCUCGAAUACAGUCACCAUCUCGACUUCAGUGCUUUGAGCGAUGAGCAGCAAAUAUGGUUUCUUAGCUGCCUUCCACCGUCUGCAACUGCGCCGAGUUUGGUACGCAACGGGCUUCUCCAGUCAGAACUCGUCACGCCUGAUGAGGUGAGCAAGUUUCGCCUAGAUCAGCCGCACCUGCACUGGAAGCCGGUCUUCAGAUCGUCCACCGACCGUAUGCAAAGAUUCUUGUCUACCGUCUCUCAGGCCUUGGAAAUCUUCCACAAGAAACUCAUCAUCUUGACGGUGGAUGAACGUCUGAGCGUUGCGAUAUACGUACCAAAAAAGAUUGAAAGAGCAAGCGAAGUUCAAGUCGACACCGGCGUCGUAGUCUUCGCUUUCCCCCACUCACAAGGCCUACAUUCACCAAACUACAAAAUGCUACCAACCAAAGUCAAUUACAGGCUGUUUUGCGAUGAGCAUAUGUUUCAAUUGUACGAACGUCAGCGGAGUAACACAUGGAUCUUUCUGAGGCGUCCUCAGGCUGACGAUUCGCUCUACCGAAAUGAGAAAAACAAAGGAGACAAACGCAGAGCACGCGAGACUACUGUGCGCGAUGGAGUCAACUUUGACUGCAAAGCUAGCAUUGCUUUGGACAAAGAAAUAUAUGUCAUCAGCAACAGAGACAUCAACUCAAUGCGGGUGCUUGACGAGUGGCUUACCUUCGUCGACACUGAUGAAGUCUUACCGCUAUUUGAGAAACCGAACAAGAACUACGAUAUUUCUAGAUUGAGUUCUAAAGACUGGGCAGACUACACCGAGACAGUAGUUGCCGUGGUUCGCGACAAAGACUUUGCUCACCUCCAAAAACUGAAGUCUGUGUCAGACCUGUCGACCAUCCUUGGUUUGCUCAAUGACCAUGGUGAAAAGAAGAUGCUUUUGGACACGUUCUCGCAUGUUCUUGCUUUUGAAGCAAGCUCCGCCCUCUCGCUAGACCGGACGAUCGUAGCGUCGACUCUCCUCGACUUCCUACCGAAUGCGGUGUACCUGAUACCCGCAUUCUUCCACUCUCAAACGUGGGAGACCCAUAGGUCCUCGUUGAACGAACACCUUAUCCAUCUGGCCUUUAGUCUACUGAGACAUCUCGUCCUUUUGUCGGAGGAGAUGGGUACUUUCAUCCGGCGUCCAAUCCAAAUUCUGUUGCAAGAACUGAAGUGCAUCUCGUUGAGAGAGUUCGCCGACAUCGUGGAGCUCAUUUCGCUUACGGUCCGCUCUUCCGAAACGGCCUUGGAUCUUCUUCUUGGGGUGUUAGAGCCUGAAAGCUCGCGGCUUCUGGUAGGACGGCCGACUGCAAUUCGGCAAUUCACGUCAUCGUUGUUCGGCAUCGCGCUUGACCAUGUAGAUGAAGCGUCUAGUGCUCGCGAGCAAAAGUCGCAAGACUUUCUCGAGCUGCGCCUGGAUGGCCAUAGCGACGGCUACGCAAUGGUCAAGGGCACACUUCGUAUCGACUCUUCCUUGAAUGGAUUGCUCAAAGCUGGUGAUCACGUUCGUCUUACAGCAUCCGAUCCACCGCAGAAUGAUGUUAUCGCAAGGCUCUUCUCGAUGGAUGCUGUUGUGUCAUCAGCUGAACCAGGCAAGGUUGCAUUUCGGUGCCUUCAUCAUCCGCCGUCGUACCUUGGCAAGUGCGCCUGGAGUGUUACGCAGUGUGGAUCUUUUGUUACAUGUAAGACCUCUUUCGACGCUAUAACUGCUUUCUACACCGAGCGCGAAACCUGUAGUGCCAUCUACGCGAUGCUUCUCGGUCUUCCUCCGUCAAAACAAGAUAAGUCGAUUGGCAUCGAGCUACCGGUGACCGUCGCUCCAUCACUGAACGGAAGUCAGAACGCAGCGCUCGCUGCUUCGAUGAAACAUUCAUUGACGUUCAUCUGGGGCCCUCCGGGUACAGGGAAGACCCAUACAAUUGUCGUCAUUAUUACCCAGCUGCUGGAAAAACUACCCAAAUUACGAUUCCUCGUUACUGCGCCAACGCAUAAUGCAGUGGAUAACAUGCUGAGGAGGUUCGUGGCCUACCCUGAAGCGAAGAAUGAUGGCAUUGUCCCUGUUCGGGUAUCGACGCAGGUAAGUGUGGUUACCUCCCACACAUUUAAUAAUUAUACUCACAUCAUAACAAGCUUUCCAAAGUCGCUCAGGACUUACGUACGUACACGUGUGACGCCAUGGUCGGCAAAGAACUAA